CGCGCUGCUCUACUUCCGCCCUGAACGUCAAGCUAGCCGCAGCUAUGAGUACGCUCAGGCUGCAGAAGCGCCUGGCGGCCAGCGUCUUGUCCUGUGGCAAAAAGAAGGUGUGGUUGGAUCCCAACGAGACCAACGAGAUUGCCAAUGCCAACUCCCGCCAGCAGGUCCGCAAGCUGGUGAAGGAUGGCUUGAUCAUCAGGAAACCAGUGGCGGUCCAUUCCCGCGCUCGCUGCCGCAAAAACACGCUGGCACGCCGCAAGGGUCGUCACAUGGGCUAUGGUAAGCGGAAGGGUACCGCCAACGCCCGUAUGCCAGAGAAGCUGAUUUGGAUGCGGCGCAUGAGGAUCCUGCGGCGUCUCCUCCGCCGCUACAGGGAGUCGAAGAAGAUCGACAGGCACAUGCACCACAGUCUGUACCUGAAGGCCAAGGGUAACGUGUUCAAGAACAAGCGCAUCCUCAUGGAGCACAUCCACAAGCUGAAGGCGGACAAGGCUCGCAAGAAGCUUCUGUCUGACCAGGCCGAGGCUCGCCGUACAAAAACGAGGGAGGCUCGCAAACGCAGAGAAGAGCGUCUGCAGGCCAAGAAGGAGGAGAUGAUCAAGAACUUCUCCAAGGAGGAAGCGGAUGCCAAGUAGUAACGCCUAAAAAAAAAACACUUUUAAAAGCUUUUUGUUAUUAAUAAAUUGGAUAAAUAUAA